UCAUAACAUACCGUGUAUUAUUGGUGGGUUCGCCGGUAGACAGCGUAGUAGCUAUAUAGGUCAACGGUGUACGUAAACAUUGCAAGCACUUUUAACUAAAACAACUAGCCUUAUACUUAUCGGCCAUGCCACACGAUAACGUGUUAUAAUGAUUUUUGUGGAUUAUUUUGAGACAGUCGGAUUCCCAGUUUGUCUCAAUCUGUACAAGUCAGGGGAAUAUCUACAAACAGGAUUUCCAGAGCUCGUGAGUGACGUCAGGCUGUUGGCUGGAAUUAGGAACACGCACUGAGGACACCACCUUUAGAUCAAUCUGGUACAAACAUCCUCUCUUUGUUGACAAAUGCCAGGUAGUUUCCGCACGAGACAGUAACCAUUACGACAAUGGCCAAACCGUCUACCUACGUUAAUGUCGCACCGCCACCACCACCCCCGGACCGAAACAGAAAGCGGUCUAUUUGUCAAUCUUGCAAUUGUCCAAAUUGUCAUGAUAUGGAAUCUUGCACUGGCACAGUGAUAAAUGGUGGUUAUCUCAGGACUGUCGCCGAUAGACCCCCUGUUCCAUGUCGACAACGACAAUUUACAGAUGACUUUUCUCCAGAAGAAUAUUUUAAAGAAUGUGAUAAACCAAAACCUGAUACAAGGCGAAUGAAGGAACUUGACAUCCCCUUACCAUUGCCAUCGGCACAAAGCAAUGAUUCUGUGUUUGAUUCCCUUCCCUCGUCAAAUCCCCCUGUUCCAUUCUUACAUGAGUUUCACACACAUAUUCCACCUAAACUUUCGAUUCACGAUCGUUUCAUUCAACGUCACCCCUCGCCACAACCACCCGCCCCUUCACAGAUAAGACCUCACCGGAAACCCUCUGAUGAGUUACCGAAUCCUAAUGUUUUAAACCAACUUCUUAUGAACGAACAAACAGUCGAAGUGCCAAGACAGAAAGAAAAAGGACACGAUCAGUUACCACAAUUUGAAUUAACUUUACCCAGGAAAAAGAGUGAACGAAGAAAAACCGGCAGACGUCAACCUGCUAAGGUACCUUUGUGGAUGAAAUUGGGAACAAUAUUCGCUUUUAUUCCCUUCUUUGGAUUAUCAUAUAUGGUCUUUAAAACUGGUAAAGACAUUUUCUUUGUACAUAAUCGACAUUUACGUCCAGCCCAACACAGCUGGAAUUAUUCAGAACCAGACGAAUCCAAGUUGGAUACAACGGUUUGUUUUUCAUGUGACUUGGUUGAUGAAUUCAGGAGUCGCCAUCGGGGACAACAAUUAGGUGACCUCAAGAUAUACGGCUUCAAAUCCUCUGACAAAAGACGGCAUUGUUGUAUGGAUCAGCUUGGACACACGAAAUGGAUGGUCAACAUGAUGAAAACGAGAGAAAUAUUAGGGCGACAAGAAGCGAGAAAUCCCGAUUCAGAUGGAGUGUGUUCAGCUAAGUCCACUCAUGUGCCCGUGUAUAACAGGUGUUCACAAGGUGAGGCGAGUUUAAAACUGGACAAAGAGAAUACCACACCGAUGUGCAAAGGAGCGGGGAUAAAAGUGACUAAUGAUUCUUUGCUGGCAGAAGAGGAAGGGCUGUAUAUUGUAUAUAUGACUUUGACGGUCACACUUUCUCCAAAAACAGAUUGCGGAAAAAAGAUUGAAAGUAAAGUAUUAAGAGCCCAUCUUCACUGCAAUAAGUCUGCGAAGAAAAGGUGUAUUGAGAUGGAAACCUACAAUGUAACCAGAACAAAUACGGACUCUACAUACUUUCAACAUUCGUUCAAUUUAUACACAAUGAAAAAUUUUACGAGGGGAGAACAGUUUUUUCCAUCUUUAUCCCAUCCGUCGUAUCUGUACACGGCGAAAUAUGGAAACUAUAUCGGCGUGGUUCAACUUUAGUGUGUCAAAUCAUGGACUGGAUGACUGGGAAUGUGGUCGAACACACAAAGUGCUGCAUACUGAGUGAUCAGACAAACUGCUAUUUAAAUGUUCCCUAAAUGGUAUGCCCCAUUUAUGAAUACACACUGUAUUUGAAAUAAUGGCUCCCAGGGUGGCGUUCAAAUAGUAGCGUUGUAGACACAAUGCCAAGAUGGAUCUGAAACUGUCUGUGACCAUGCCAAUCUGAGAUUAUGAUGAGAUAUAUGGUCUAUUGAAUAGAAGAUGAUACAUCUAUUUUGAUUUCUGAUAGAUGGAUGUUAUCAUUUAAGUAACACAUACAAUAUGCAGGGUUAUACGCAUUGACUAAACACAUGUUGUAUGACAUAUUUACAAACGUAUGUAGGAACAUUCAUAGUAAGGUUUUUUGUCGUACAUGAGUCAGAUUCUUACUAUAUGUUCGAUAAGUUUACAUAAAGACAAUUAACUUUUGACAUAUAAUUUCCUGACGCAAUAAAUUAUGGAUCAUUGUGAUAUAACCAUUCUGUGCCAAUAUUGAUAUAUUCUGUAUUAUCAUUUUACAUCCCAUACUAGAGUCUACCAUGUUGUAUAUACAUUGUAUAUGGCACAAACAGUUUUGCCAAACGCAGGUUUGUCGUUUUAAAGCUGAUAAUAUUGAUUUGUAUUUUCAUAUACAAUAAACAUAAAGUACCAAAAUCAUGUUCCUUAACUAAGGUGUGAUACCACGAUCGAAUUCUGGUCAUCCCAAUUUUGGUUUACAGAAAAAUGUCGUUUCUGUGUCCUUAGAUAAAACAACAAGAGUACAAAUUAGAAUGCAAAAGAAUAGGUCUUUUAACAAUUUGAAUUAUAUAAGUAUCAACAACGAAGGCAGAACGAGGUUGAUUUUGAAUAUGAAUUUUUUGGCAACAAUAAAAAUUAAUGGUUCAUUUAGCGAUGUGAAUCCUACACAAAUAUGCAUAAAUGAACAAUUACAUUGUACAUUGUAAUUUGUACAAAUUAUGUCUGGAUUCAGCUUGUUGACUUCGUCUCAUACAGAUGGCUAUAACAACAAAAUGGCAAUUAUCUGAAUACCAAGUUUAAAAAAUCAGAUAAUAUACUUCUUGAAUAUUUGCUCAAUUGCAUUUUAUUAAUUUGGAAACCCAAACUUUCAUUCCAAAAGAACAUGCAGAUAUAAUAAGUAAAUAUCUGUGAAACACUGCAAACAAAAUUAUAACGUGCCAGGGACCACCACUUCUGUUGACUGUGAGUGACUUAACACGAACGAUAUCGAUUUUUUUUUUACAGUAUGAUCAAUACGUUAGAUAGAAUUCAGUUGUGAAGAUCUGAAGUACAUAAUGUUUAUAAAUAUUGCAUAUGUUUUUGUAUUAUACAUGUCACAUCAAUAAAACAUCUUGGUUACUGUUGAUGUAUAGUUUAUUCUAAAUAUGAUAAUGUUUAGUCUUUCUGUAUAAGUAAAACUGCCGUAAUGUCUUCCCAAAAUCACUUAACGUUAUACCCUGCUAAAUUACACUUUAAGCCUAUUCCAUUUCUUUUUGAAACACAAAUUUUAUUAAGUUUUACAACAAUACGAAACAAGUAAUUAUAACCUUUGAUUGGCCCGGAUGUCAGGGCUCGGGGUUUUUCAUCGAGAAGGGAGUAUGGAUGUCUUUUAAUGCCAUACUGUACAAUUUUUUGAUAUUACUCAAUUGAUAGGUCAUACCUAAGUUGUCUGUGAUACUGUGUCAAGUUAACACUUUGUAAGUCUUCCUAGGGUACACUAUUGUAUUUUAUUACACUUUCAGUAAGUCUUCCUGAGGUACACUAUUGUAUUUUAGUACACUUUGUACGUCUUCCUAAGGUACACUAUUGUAUUUUAGUACACUUUGUACGUCUUCCUAAGGUACACUAUUGUAUUUUAGUACACCUUCAGUAAGUCUACCUAAAGUACACUAUUGUAUUUUAGUACACUUUGUACGUCUUCCUAAGGUACACUAUUGUAUUUUAGUACACUUUGUACGUCUUCCUAAGGUACGCUAUUGUAUUUUAGUACACUGUCAGUAAGUCUUCCUAAGGUACAUUUUGUAUUUUAGUUCACUGUAAGAAAGUCUUUCUGAUGAAAAACUUUUGACAAGCCUUCCUGAGUUCACUUUUACCUAAACUACACUAUAAGUAAGUUUUCUUAAAGUUCACAUUCAGUAGGUCUUAAAUGUUGGUAAGUCUCUCUAGAUACAAGUAUUAACUUAACACUUGGAUCGGUAUAUCAUCUUUAAGUACUGUAUCGUUAUUUUGACUGAUUUUAUUUCUAAGAGAGUUGCGUACACAUUAUACAUUACCAUGUAUUGUCUUUUCAACAGUUACCUGGUAUGGGUAUAUAUACAGUGUUGUUACGGUAAAACAUGGACAGUGCAUAUUCACGGCUGUUUAUUGAUGAAUCGUAUUAUAUUGUUAUAUGUUUUGAUAUAAAAUAAACCAAACUUUUAACACGUCUCUUAA